GGGUGGGCGCCCGAGCGCCACAAGAGUAUGACGGGGCUGUACGAGCUGGUGUGGCGGGUGCUACACGCGCUGCUCUGUCUGCACCGCACGCUCACCUCUUGGCUCCGCGUUCGGUUCGGCACCUGGAACUGGAUCUGGAGGCGCUGCUACCGUGCAGCCUCCGCUGCGGUCCUAGCGCCGCUGGGCUUUACGCUCCGUAAGCCCCCGGCAGUAGGCAGGAACCGCCGUCACCACCGGCACCCGCGCGGGGGGCUUGGUCCGGCCGCCGCCCACCCCCAGCUGCGCUGGCGCGCGGAUGGCCGUUCCCUGGAGAAGUUGCCUGUACACAUGGGCCUGGUGAUCACCGCGUAGGAGCAGGAACCCAGAUUCUCGGACAUCGCGAGCAUCGUGGUGGGUUGGUGUAUGGCCGUGGGUAUCUCCUACAUUAGCGUCUACGACCACCAAGGUAUUUUCAAAAGAAAUAAUUCCAGAUUGAUGGAUGAAAUUUUAAAACAACAGCAGGAACUUCUGGGCCUAGAUUGUUCCAAAUACUCACCAGGGUUUGCAAAUAGUAAUGACAAAGAUGAUCAAGUUUUAAAUUGCCAUUUGGCAGUGAAGGUGCUGUCCCCAGAAGAUGGAAAAGCAGAUAUUGUGAGAGCUGCUCAGGACUUUUGCCAGUUAGUAGCCCAGCAGCAAAAGAGAUCUACAGAUUUGGAUGUAGAUAUGUUAGACAGUUUACUUAGUUCAAAUGGUUUCCCUGAUCCUGAUUUAGUAUUGAAGUUUGGUCCUGUGGACAGCACAUUAGGCUUUCUUCCCUGGCAAAUCAGAUUGACUGAGAUUGUCUCUUUGCCUUCCCACCUAAACAUCAGUUAUGAGGACUUUUUCUCUGCCCUUCGUCAAUAUGCAGCCUGUGAACAGCGUCUGGGAAAGUAGUGAUCCCUGGUUGCAUAAUUUGAUUUCAGGCUUUUGGAGAAAAGGACCCAAGUGACUCUGAUGUUUACAAAGCACCUAUGAAACCCUGUGCACACCUAGUUCAUAUUCCUCGUAAUUUAUCAACAAACACAAAAAAGUGUCUUACUUGAGAGUGAGUGUAUGAGUGUGUGUGAGUGUGCGUGCAUGUGUGUGUGUAUGGAAAUAAACUUAUAAAUGGGGGAAGUAUUGGAGAAUGAAAUAAGUAGACCUACAACUUUUAGCAAAUAGCAGCAAUGUUUUAGGAGCUGAGAUUUCACAUGUAAAGCUUUGGGCCCCUACUGCUUCCCUGUUUUUGUGGGGAGUAAAGGGAGGGAAUGACUAAAACUGUUUGGGUUGUUGUUUGGGGAGAAGGGAGUAAUUUUUGUUCUGUCUUUCCUAGUGACCAAACUUUAAUUUUUUAAAAUAAUAUAUUAUUAAAUGGAGGUAUUCUUAGUUUGAGGGAGUUGCAGAGAAUGGAUUUCUGUGUUGCUCACUUAUUAAAAGUUUGCUCCUCUUCAGAGGAGAGAGAAUACCUAUCUUAAGAUAUCCGUCCAUUUUCAUUUCUUACUUCAUUGUAGUUAAACAGUGUGACUUGAGAACGUUGCUCUGGAGUCUGUGUUCUGUGUUGUAAAGAACAUUUGAAAAAGAACUCUUGAUACACUGAGAUGCAAAAUUUU